GAAGUGCAAACGCUUGUGUAACAUGCGUACAAGUCAAGCAAAUCUAAACAUAAAUUACUGUUAAAUUCAAUAUCAAUUAUCGCUAUCUGCUCCGGAAAUAGUUAUGCUGUAUUUCAAACGGAAAUAAUUCGGCUGUAAUUUUCUCUUCGAUGUCAAAUUGUCGAGGUUGUCAAAAAUGAGUUCGUUUUUUAUGUUUUGCGCAUGAAAUCGAAGCACCGCGAGAGCGAUUCGAAAGCAUACGGAGCUGUCUGCUCUCGCGGUACUUUGACGUCAUACGUCGUUCAAUCUGCACAGCUCUUGAAGCACCGCCCUCUGGCCCCGCUUGUUGUUAGACCUGCAAGCGAGGCGCUGCAGACAGACUCGUCUCGUAUAAAGGUUGCAUAAUAGUACGAGACCUGUCAGUACCCGCCAUGGGGAGUUUCUAUCUGUCAGGAUUUCGGUGUUUUGGUCGGCAGGUUUUCUCCGGCCUGCCCAGCACGAUGCAGCGACGGUACAGCCUCGACAUUUCAGGGCGGCUUCUGCGGACUGAAGGCUUCAUAGACGGGCGCUGGGUGUCAGCUGCAUCCACGUUCCCUGUGUUAGAUCCAGCCACGGGAGAAGAGGUCGCAAAAGUGUCAGACUGCGGUGCGAGAGAAGCCCAGGACGCUGUCAGUGCGGCAUACAAAGCGUUUCACUCGUGGAAGAAUCACACGGCUAAAGAAAGAAGCAUUUUGUUGCGAAAAUGGUUUGACCUCAUCACUCAGCACAAGGAAGAUCUUGCCAAGCUGAUCACAGCAGAAUGUGGGAAGCCUAUGACGGAGUCUCUUGGAGAAAUUGCGUACUCUGCCGCCUUUGUAGAGUGGUUUUCAGAGGAGGCAAGACGUGUCUAUGGGGACAUUGUCGCACCACAAGCCAAGGACCGAAAGAUCUUGAUAGUUAAACAGCCAGUGGGAGUGGCUUCUAUCAUCACUCCUUGGAAUUUUCCCAGUGCCAUGAUAACCAGAAAGGUGGGUGCUGCCUUAGCGGUGGGCUGCACUGUAGUGGUGAAGCCGGCUGAAGACACGCCCCUUUCUGCACUAGCACUUGCUGAGCUUUCAGUUCAGGCUGGUAUUCCUCCAGGGGUGAUUAAUGUGGUUCCUUGCUCAAGAGAAAAGACUCCUGCUGUGGGAGAGGUGCUCUGCACUGACCCUCUAGUGGCCAAAAUCUCAUUCACUGGCUCCACAGCCACUGGCAAGAUACUGCUUAAACAUGCCGCAGGAAGUGUCAAAAGGGUGUCCAUGGAGCUGGGAGGUCACGCCCCCUUCAUUGUAUUUGACAGCGCUGAUGUAGACAAAGCUGUGGCAGGAGCCAUGGCCUCCAAAUUCAGGAACUCGGGCCAGACCUGUGUCUGUUCCAACCGCUUUCUUGUUCAAACUGGGAUCCAUGACACAUUCGUGGAGAAGCUGGGAAAAGCCAUGGACGUGGAGCUGAGGGUCGGCCACGGUUCGGAGCCCACCACCACGCAGGGACCGCUCAUCAACGUCCGUGCAGCAGAGAAGGUGGAGAGCCAGAUUGUAGAUGCUGUGUCUCAGGGGGCUGUUAUAGUGAGAGGUGGGAAGAGACUGAAGGGUUCCUUUAUGCAGCCCACCCUACUGUCCAAAGUCACCACUGAUAUGCUCUGCAUGCAGGAGGAGACCUUUGGACCCCUUGUUCCUGUCGUAAAGUUCAACACAGAGAAGGAGGCACUUGACAUCGCCAAUGCUUCACAAGUUGGUUUAGCAGGUUAUUUUUACUCCCGAGACAUCGGUCAGAUCUGGCGAGUGGCUGAGCAGAUGGAAGUGGGCAUGGUCGGGGUCAACGAAGGUAUGAUCUCCAGCCCAGAAGCCCCCUUUGGUGGAGUGAAACAGUCCGGACUGGGCAGAGAAGGCUCCAAAUACGGCGUGGAUGAAUACCUGGAAAUAAAGUACAUAUGUUUUGGAGGACUUGCUUCUUAAAUGCCCCAUUCUACAGAUUUGACAAGUUAAAGCAAGUAUUACAGUCCAGUAUCAAGCUAGACACAAAAUCAUCAAGGCACAAAAAUAUUGAUACAUGUAACUAUCACACCUUUUUUUUUCAAUAGUGUAUCGAAAGUGAUACCUCUACUAUCGCAUUUUGUUUUUUAAAUCAUGUCAUAUGCAUACGGCCAAAAGUAAGUGGAGGCGAGCAGCAGGUCUCAGGACAAUUUUUUCGGGUUCUAAUGCGAUUCUCUGUCGCGUCCAGUGUAGACACGGUGUAAUGUUUCUUCCAAAAAGUAACAAUGACAUUUAUUGCGCUUUCACGGAUGAACCAGGGGCUUAAACUGCCCAUGUUCAUUGUUUUAAUGGUAAUCCCCUGUGCUACCCACUUGAGUGGCGCAUUCCAUAGUUUGGGACCACAAACCUCUGAUCUAACGGUCCAUGCACCGCACAUCAUGUCGUAUUUCUAGUUCUACUUUUUCUAUUUAAAGUAGUGCAAUAUAUCGCAAAUGUGUAUCGGAGCGUAAUACACGGCAGUAUAUUGCAUCCUGACCCUUCUAUCGUGAUAUGUAUCAUAUCUGGAGGCAUUUGCCAAUACACAGCCCUACAAAACACUGUGAAGCAACACUGUCAGUUAGACAGAAUAUCAUUCCAUAUGUUUCCAAUGAGCAGAAUCAUCUUGGUAAAGGGAAAUUUACCAUAAAAAGGAAUGGUACAUAUGCCCUCCUUAAAAAUUUCAUAGUUCACUGAUGGAAUAAGAUUAAUUUAGCUAGUUCAUGGCACUGAAGGACAUUUCACAGUUAUAAUUAAGGAUGCAACAUUACUUUUCUUUGGGGAUCUGAAGAAAAAACAAAGCAGUAAAACUGCAGGUUUUCACCAGAUAAUCAUCUAACACUGGUUAAGCUGAUUGUGUCCAGCACCAUGCAGAAUAAAUCUCUGUUUUUGUAUUUGUAAAGACAAGUGAUGCUUGAUAGCGGAGACAGGUCUUCUACUAAACAUGUUGAAAUGAGAAUACGCACAAUAGACUUUACUCGGGAAAGUGAAAUUAUACAUUUCUUACCUUUAAAACAGUCCUUGCUUAGUUUAUGUUAGGAUUAUGUGCAGCAAUAUAUGUUAGAAUAAGAGAAGUUUAUCUCUGUGUUUCAUGAAUAAAGCCCAAUGUUAAAAAGGUACUUAAAAAAUAAUAAACAAAACAUGUCAGGCUGAUGCCUUUAAAUGCAUUUCUUAAAAUGUUUAACAUGACAUGACUGCUCUAUUUUUAUAUUUUAGUAAAGUUGGCUGCUAAUGUUUAAACAAAACUCGUUUUGAGGUUCUGUGGAUGUGUAUGUUGAGUCAUGUCAAAGAGGGAUGUUACGAUUCAACGUAUGCCGGUUGAAAAUCGAUUAUAAUGUGUUAUGAUUCAAAUCGGUUGAGGUGUGAACUGAAUCCAGGUACAUGUUUUGAUUGCAGGGGCCGCCAUGUUUACUGCAAACCUAAACAUGGACAUGAUGAUAUUUCUUAAAUGCAAAAAAUCCAAGAAAAGCACGGAAACUAUUAGUUUGUUUAUAUUAAAGAGAGUUUUUCUAUUAUUAAUUUGUUUUAAAAUUGCACUUUAGUUAUUUGACAUAAAACAUAAUUUUAUUAUAAAAAGAAACAUGAAGCAUUUAAGAAGUAAUGCAAGGCAAGUUGUUCAUUUCUAAUUUGUUUGAACUCAUUUUGAAUAAAUAAAUCGCAUCGUGAGGUCUGAAUCAUGAAUCGCAUCAUGAAUCGUUACAUCCCUAAUGUCUAGCAAGGUUUAAAGUGUUUUAAGAAACCCAAUUAAUUGUCAAAUGUUGUUCUAAGUGCCAAUGUGCUUUUUAAAAGUGAAAAUCUGUCCUGAAUUUAAAUGUUUAUAUAUUCUGUUUAAAAUAGCAAUUCUCUAUGAAUAAAAAUAUACAGUAUAACUAA